CCAGCACUUUGGGAGGCUGAGACAGGUAGAUGGUUUGAGCUCAGGAGUUCCAGACCAGCCUGCGAAAUAAGGCGAGACCCUGUCUCACUUUGUAUGUUGUGCCAGCUGGGGGUGCCCCAGGUAGGUGCUCCCUGGAGUGUCUGCUUCAGGGCUGCUGCGAAGGUGCAGGGCAGGGCUCCUCCAGCUGGGAAACAUGGAAUAGUUGGCAGCUGCUUUGUACAUAGAAUCCUUCUUCUCUGAUGACCGUGCUGUCAACAUCAAAACACACUGCAUCUGCUGAGUAGAAAAGCUUCCUCAGCUCUGAGUGGGAGACCAUCCUUGGAAGAAUUUUCCUCGUUUCUCCAAUGCUAGAUUUCUAGGAGACCACACUGUUCUCUUCCUGUUCCUUCCCUAGAUAAAAAUGCAGCACAAAGUUCUGACUACAGAUUUCUUCAAGAAAGACCUGUGGAUUCCCCUAGAGUGAGAGCCCAGGCUCAGACCUCGAAGUAGGGGAAAAACUGCAGUGGAAGAUGAGGACAGCAUGGAUGGGCUGGAGACAACAGAAACAGAAACGAUUGUGGAAACAGCGGAAAUCAAAGAACAGUCUGCAGAAGAGGAUGCUGAAGCAGAAGCGGAUAACAGCAAACAGCUAAUUCCAGCUCUUCAGCGAUCUGUGUCUGAGGAAUCGGCAAACUCCCUGGUCUCUGUUGGUGUAGAAGCCAAAAUCAGUGAACAGCUCUGCGCUUUUUGUUACUGUGGGGAAAAAAGUUCCUUAGGACAAGGAGACUUAAAACAGUUCAGAGUAACGCCUGGAUUUAUCUUGCCAUGGAGAAACCAACCUUCUAACAAGAAGGACAUUGAUGACAACAGCAAUGGAACCUAUGAGAAAAUGCAAAACUCAGCACCACGAAAACAAAGAGGACAGAGAAAAGAACGAUCUCCUCAGCAGAAUAUAGUAUCUUGUGUAAGUGUAAGCACCCAGACAGCUUCAGAUGAUCAGGCUGGUAAACUGUGGGAUGAACUCAGUCUGGUUGGGCUUCCAGAUGCCAUUGAUGUCCAAGCCUUAUUUGAUUCUACAGGCACUUGUUGGGCUCAUCACCGUUGUGUGGAGUGGUCACUAGGAGUAUGCCAGAUGGAAGAACCAUUGUCAGUGAACGUGGACAAAGCUGUUGUCUCAGGGAGCACAGAACGAUGUGCAUUUUGUAAGCACCUUGGAGCCACUAUCAAAUGCUGUGAAGAGAAAUGUACCCAGAUGUAUCAUUAUCCUUGUGCUGCAGGAGCCGGCACCUUUCAGGAUUUCAGUCACAUCUUCCUGCUUUGUCCAGAACACAUUGACCAAGCUCCCGAAAGAUCAAAGGAAGAUGCAAACUGUGCAGUGUGCGACAGCCCGGGAGACCUCUUAGAUCAGUUCUUUUGUACUACUUGUGGUCAGCACUAUCAUGGAAUGUGCCUGGAUAUAGCGGUUACUCCAUUAAAACGUGCAGGUUGGCAAUGUCCUGAGUGCAAAGUGUGCCAGAACUGCAAACAAUCGGGAGAAGAUAGCAAGAUGCUAGUGUGUGAUACGUGUGACAAAGGGUAUCAUACUUUUUGUCUUCAACCAGUUAUGAAAUCAGUACCAACUAAUGGCUGGAAAUGCAAAAAUUGCAGAAUAUGUAUAGAGUGUGGCACACGGUCUAGUUCUCAGUGGCAUCACAAUUGCCUGAUAUGUGACAAUUGUUACCAACAGCAGGAUAACUUAUGUCCCUUCUGUGGGAAGUGCUAUCAUCCAGAAUUGCAGAAAGACAUGCUUCAUUGUAAUAUGUGCAAAAGGUGGGUUCACCUAGAGUGUGACAAACCAACAGAUCAUGAACUGGAUCCUCAGCUCAAAGAAGAGUAUAUCUGCAUGUAUUGUAAACACCUGGGAGCUGAGAUGGAUCCUUUACAGCCAGGUGAGGAAGUGGAGAUAGCUGAGCUCACUACAGAUUAUAACAAUGAAAUGGAAGUUGAAGGCCCUGAAGAUCAAAUGGUAUUCCCAGAGCAUGCAGUUAGUAAAGAUGUCAACGAUCAGGAGUCCACUCCUGGAAUUGUUCCAGAUGCAGUUCAAGUCCACACUGAAGAGCAACAGAAGAGUCAUCCCUCAGAAAGUCUUGACACAGAUAGUCUUCUCAUUGCUGUAUCAUCCCAACAUAAAAUGAAUACCGAAUUGGAAAAACAGAUUUCUAAUGAAGUUGAUAGUGAAGAAAUGAAAACGUCUUCUGAAGUGAAGCAUAUUUGUGGCGAAGAUCAAAUGGAAGAUAAAAUGGAAGUGACAGAAAACAUUGAAGUCGUUACACACCAGAUCAUUGUGCAGCAAGAGGAACUGCAGUUGUUAGAGGAACCUAAAACAGUGGUAUCCAAAGAAGAAUCGGGGCCUCCAAAAUUAGUCAUUGAAUCUGUCACUCUUCCACUGGAAACCUUAGUGUCCCCACAUGAGGGAAGUAUUUCACUAUGUCCUGAGGAACAGUUGGUUAUAGAAAGACUACAAGGAGAAAAGGAACAGAAAGAAAAUUCUGAACUUUCUACUGGAUUGAUGGACUCUGAAAUGACUCCUACAAUUGAGAGUUGUGUGAAAGAUGUUUCAUACCAAGGAGACAAAUCUAUAAAGUUAUCAUCUGAGACAGAGUCAUCAUUUUCAUCAUCAGCAGACAUAAGCAAGGCAGAUGUGUCUUCCUCCCCAACACCUUCUUCAGACUUGCCUUUGCAUGACAUGCUGCACAAUUACCCUUCAGCUCUUAGUUCCUCUGCUGGAAACAUCAUGCCAACAACUUACAUCUCAGUCACUCCAAAAAUUGGCAUGGGUAAACCAGCUAUUACUAAAAGAAAAUUUUCUCCUGGUAGACCUCGGUCCAAACAGGGGGCUUGGAGUACCCAUAAUACAGUGAGCCCACCUUCCUGGUCCCCAGACAUUUCAGAAGGUCGGGAAAUUUUUAAACCCAGGCAGCUUCCUGGCAGUGCCAUUUGGAGCAUCAAAGUGGGCCGUGGGUCUGGAUUUCCAGGAAAGCGGAGACCUCGAGGUGCAGGACUGUCGGGACGAGGUGGCCGAGGCAGGUCAAAGCUGAAAAGUGGAAUCGGAGCUGUUGUAUUGCCUGGGGUGUCUGCUGCAGAUAUUUCAUCAAAUAAGGAUGAUGAAGAAAACUCUAUGCACAAUACAGUUGUGUUGUUUUCUAGUAGUGACAAGUUCACUUUGAAUCAGGAUAUGUGUGUAGUUUGUGGCAGUUUUGGCCAAGGAGCAGAAGGAAGAUUACUUGCCUGUUCUCAGUGUGGUCAGUGUUACCAUCCAUACUGUGUCAGUAUUAAGAUCACUAAAGUGGUUCUUAGCAAAGGUUGGAGGUGUCUUGAGUGCACUGUGUGUGAGGCCUGUGGGAAGGCAACUGACCCAGGAAGACUCCUGCUGUGUGAUGAUUGUGACAUAAGUUAUCACACCUACUGCCUAGACCCUCCAUUGCAGACAGUUCCCAAAGGAGGCUGGAAGUGCAAAUGGUGUGUUUGGUGCAGACACUGUGGAGCAACAUCUGCAGGUCUAAGAUGUGAAUGGCAGAACAAUUACACACAGUGCGCUCCUUGUGCAAGCUUAUCUUCCUGUCCAGUCUGCUAUCGAAACUAUAGAGAAGAAGAUCUUAUUCUGCAAUGUAGACAAUGUGAUAGAUGGAUGCAUGCAGUUUGUCAAAACUUAAAUACUGAGGAAGAAGUGGAAAAUGUAGCAGACAUUGGUUUUGAUUGUAGCAUGUGCAGACCCUAUAUGCCUGCGUCUAAUGUGCCUUCCUCAGACUGCUGUGAAUCUUCACUUGUAGCACAAAUUGUCACAAAAGUAAAAGAGCUAGACCCACCCAAGACUUAUACCCAGGAUGGUGUGUGUUUGACUGAAUCAGGGAUGACUCAGUUACAGAGCCUCACAGUUACAGUUCCAAGAAGAAAACGGUCAAAACCAAAAUUGAAAUUGAAGAUUAUAAAUCAGAAUAGCGUGGCCGUCCUUCAGACCCCUCCAGACAUCCAAUCAGAGCAUUCAAGGGAUGGUGAAAUGGAUGAUAGUCGAGAAGGAGAACUUAUGGAUUGUGAUGGAAAAUCAGAAUCUAGUCCUGAGCGGGAAGCUGUGGAUGAUGAAACUAAGGGAGUAGAAGGAACAGAUGGUGUCAAAAAGAGAAAAAGGAAACCAUACAGACCAGGUAUUGGUGGAUUUAUGGUGCGGCAAAGAAGUCGAACUGGGCAAGGGAAAACCAAAAGAUCUGUGAUCAGGAAAGAUUCCUCAGGCUCUAUUUCUGAGCAGUUACCUUGCAGAGAUGAUGGCUGGAGUGAGCAGUUACCAGAUACUUUAGUUGAUGAAUCUGUUUCUGUUACUGAAAGUACUGAAAAAAUAAAGAAGAGAUACCGAAAAAGGAAAAAUAAGCUUGAAGAAACUUUCCCUGCCUAUUUACAAGAAGCUUUCUUUGGAAAAGAUCUUCUAGAUACAAGUAGACAAAGCAAGAUAAGUUUAGAUAAUCUAUCAGAAGAUGCAGCUCAGCUUUCAUAUAAAACAAACAUGAACGCAGGUUUCUUGGAUCCUUCGUUGGAUCCACUAAGUUCAUCCUCGGCUCCAGCAAAAUCUGGAACUCACGGUCCUGCUGAUGACCCAUUAGCUGAUAUUUCUGAAGUUUUAAACACAGAUGAUGACAUUCUUGGAAUAAUUUCAGAUGAUCUAGCAAAAUCAGUUGAUCAUUCAGGUCUUGAUUUAUGCACUUUCCAGGUUGAGAGCUCACCUUUUCCAUUUGAUAUUGGUCCUGUCCCUGAUGAUCCUUCUUUGCCUCAGCCAAGUGUCAAUCAGAGUUCACGACCAUUAAGUGAAGAACAGCUAGAUGGGAUCCUCAGUCCCGAACUAGACAAAAUGGUCACAGAUGGAGCAAUUCUUGGAAAAUUAUAUAAAAUUCCAGAGCUUGGCGGAAAAGAUGUUGAAGACUUAUUUACAGCUGUACUUAGUCCUGCGAACACUCAGCCAACUCCAUUGCCACAGCCUCCCCCACCAACACAGCUGUUGCCAAUACACAAUCAGGAUGUUUUUUCACGGAUGCCACUCAUGAAUGGCCUUAUUGGACCCAGUCCUCAUCUCCCACAUAAUUCUUUGCCACCUGGAAGCGGACUGGGAACUUUCUCUGCAAUUGCACAAUCCCCUUAUCCUGAUGCCAGGGAUAAAAAUUCAGCCUUUAAUCCAAUGGCAAGUGAUCCUAACAACUCUUGGACAUCAUCAGCUCCCACUGUGGAAGGAGAAAAUGACACACUGUCGAAUGCUCAGAGAAGCACGCUUAAGUGGGAGAAAGAGGAGGCUCUGGGUGAAAUGGCCACAGUUGCACCGGUUCUGUACACCAAUAUUAAUUUCCCCAACUUAAAGGAAGAAUUCCCUGAUUGGACUACUAGAGUGAAGCAAAUUGCCAAAUUGUGGAGAAAAGCAAGCUCACAGGAAAGAGCACCAUAUGUGCAAAAAGCCAGAGAUAACAGAGCUGCUUUACGCAUUAAUAAAGUACAGAUGUCAAAUGAUUCCAUGAAAAGGCAGCAACAGCAAGAUAGCAUCGAUCCCAGCUCUCGUAUUGAUUCAGAGCUUUUUAAAGAUCCAUUAAAGCAAAGAGAAUCAGAACAUGAACAGGAAUGGAAAUUUAGACAGCAAAUGCGUCAGAAAAGUAAGCAGCAAGCUAAAAUUGAAGCCACACAGAAACUUGAACAGGUGAAAAAUGAGCAGCAGCAGCAGCAACAACAGCAGUUUGGUUCUCAGCAUCUUCUGGUGCAGUCUGGUUCAGAUACACCAAGUAGUGGGAUACAGAGUCCCUUGACACCUCAGCCUGGCAAUGGAAAUAUGUCUCCUGCACAGUCAUUCCAUAAAGAACUGUUUACAAAACAGCCACCCAGUACCCCUACAUCUACAUCAGAUGAUGUGUUUGUAAAACCACAAGCUCCACCUCCUCCUCCAGCCCCAUCCCGGAUUCCCAUUCAGGAGGGUCUUUCUCAGGCUCAGACUUCUCAGCCACCUUCACCACAAGUGUUUUCACCUGGGUCCUCCAACUCACGACCACCAUCUCCAAUGGAUCCGUAUGCAAAAAUGGUUGGUACCCCUCGACCACCUCCUGUGGGCCAUAGUUUUUCCAGAAGAAAUUCUGCUGCACCAGUGGAAAACUGUACACCUUUAUCAUCGGUAUCUAGGCCCCUUCAAAUGAAUGAGACAACAGCAAAUAGGCCAUCCCCAGUCAGAGAUUUAUGUUCUUCCUCCAUGACAAAUAAUGACCCCUAUGCAAAACCUCCAGACACACCUAGGCCUGUGAUGACAGAUCAAUUUCCCAAAUCCUUGGGCCUCUCCCGGUCUCCUAUAGUUUCAGAACAAACUGCAAAAGGCCCUGUAGCAGCUGGAACCAAUGAUCACUUUACUAAACCAUCUCCUAGGGCAGAUGUGUUUCAAAGACAACGGAUACCUGACCCAUAUGCACGACCCUUGUUGACACCUGCACCUCUUGAUAGUGGUCCUGGACCUUUUAAGACUCCAAUGCAACCUCCUCCAUCCUCUCAGGAUCCUUAUGGAUCAGUGUCACAGGCAUCAAGGCGAUUGUCUAUUGACCCUUAUGAAAGGCCUGCUUUGACACCAAGACCUAUAGAUAAUUUUUCUCAUAGUCAGUCAAAUGAUCCAUAUAGUCAGCCUCCCCUAACCCCACAUCCAACAAUGAAUGAAUCUUUUGCCCAUCCUUCAAGGGCUUUUUCCCAGCCUGGAACCAUAUCAAGGCCAACAUCUCAGGACCCAUACUCCCAGCCCCCAGGAACUCCACGACCUGUUGUAGAUUCUUAUUCCCAAUCUUCAGGAACAGCUAGGUCUAAUACAGACCCUUACUCUCAACCUCCUGGAACUCCCCGGCCUGCUACUGUUGACCCAUAUAGUCAGCAGCCCCCAACCCCAAGACCAUCUACACAGACGGACUUGUUUGUUACAUCUGUAACUAAUCAGAGGCAUUCUGAUCCAUAUGCUCAUCCUCCCGGAACACCAAGACCUGGAAUAUCUGUCCCUUACUCUCAGCCACCAGCAACACCAAGGCCAAGGAUUUCAGAGGGUUUUACUAGGUCCUCAAUGACAAGACCAGUCCUCAUGCCAAAUCAGGAUCCUUUCCUGCAAGCAGCACAAAACCGAGGACCAGCUUUACCUGGCCCGUUAGUAAGGCCACCCGAUACAUGUUCCCAGACACCUAGGCCCCCUGGACCUGGCCUUUCAGACACAUUUAGCCGUGUUUCCCCAUCUGCUGCCCGUGAUCCCUAUGAUCAGCCUCCGGUGACUCCAAGAUCUCAGUCGGACUCUUUUGGAACCAGUCAAGCUGCCCAUGAUGUUGCUGAUCAGCCAAGGCCUGGGUCAGAGGGGAGCUUCUGUGCAUCUUCAAACUCUCCAAUGCACUCCCAAGGCCAGCAGUUCUCUGGUGUCUCCCAGCUUCCUGGACCUGUGCCAACUUCAGGAGUAACUGAUACACAGAAUACUGUGAAUAUGGCCCAAGCAGAUACAGAAAAAUUGAGACAGCGGCAGAAGUUGCGUGAAAUUAUUCUUCAGCAGCAACAGCAGAAGAAGAUUGCAGGUCGGCAGGAGAAGGGGUCACAGGACUCACCCGCAGUGCCUCAUCCAGGGCCUCUUCAACACUGGCAACCAGAGAAUAUUAACCAGGCUUUCGCCAGACCCCCACCUCCUUAUCCUGGGAACAUUAGGUCUCCUGUUGCCCCUCCUUUAGGACCUAGAUAUGCUGUUUUCCCAAAAGAUCAGCGUGGACCCUAUCCUCCUGAUGUUGCUAGUAUGGGGAUGAGACCUCAUGGAUUUAGAUUUGGAUUUCCAGGAGGUAGUCAUGGUACCAUGCCGAGUCAAGAGCGCUUCCUUGUGCCUCCUCAACAAAUACAGGGAUCUGGAGUUUCUCCACAACUAAGAAGAUCAAUAUCUGUAGAUAUGCCUAGGCCUUUAAAUAACUCACAAAUGAAUAAUCCAGUUGGACUUCCUCAGCAUUUUUCACCACAGAGCCUGCCAGUUCAGCAGCACAACAUACUGGGCCAAGCAUAUAUUGAACUGAGACAUAGGGCUCCUGACGGAAGGCAACGGCUGCCUUUCAGUGCUCCACCUGGCGGCGCUGUAGAGGCGUCUUCUAAUCUGAGACAUGGAAACUUCAUUCCCCGGCCAGACUUUCCGGGCCCUAGACACACAGAGCCCAUGAGACGACCUCCCCACGGUCUACCUAAUCAGCUACCUGUGCACCCAGAUUUGGAACAAGUGCCACCAUCUCAACAAGAGCAAGGUCAUUCUGUCCAUUCAUCUUCUGUGGUCAUGAGGACUCUGAAUCAUCCACUAGGUGGUGAAUUUUCAGAAGCUCCUUUGUCAACAUCUGUACCAUCUGAAACAACGUCUGAUAAUUUACAGAUAACCACCCAACCUUCUGAUGGUCUAGAAGAAAAACUCGAUUCUGAUGACCCUUCUGUGAAAGAACUGGAUGUUAAAGACCUUGAGGGGGUUGAAGUCAAAGACUUAGAUGAUGAAGAUCUUGAAAACUUAAAUUUAGAUACAGAGGAUGGCAAGGUAGUUGAAUUGGAUACUUUAGAUAAUUUGGAAACUAAUGAUCCCAACCUGGAUGACCUCUUAAGGUCAGGAGAGUUUGAUAUCAUUGCGUAUACAGAUCCAGAACUUGAUCUGGGAGAUAAGAAAAGCAUGUUUAAUGAGGAGCUAGAUCUUCCAAUUGACGAUAAGUUAGAUAAUCAGUGUGCAUCUGUUGAACCCAAAAAAAAGGAACAAGAAGACAAAACUCUGGUUCUCUCUGAUAAACAUUCACCACAGAAAAAAUCCACUGUUACCAAUGAGGUAAAAAUGGAAGUAUUGUCUCCAAAUUCUAAGGUGGAAUCCAAAUGUGAAACUGAAAAAAGUGAUGAGAAUAAAGAUAAUGUUGACCCUACCUGCUCACAGGCUUCUGCUCACUCAGACCUAAAUGAUGGAGAAAAGACUUCUUUGCAUCCUUGUGAUCCAGAUCUAUUUGAGAAAAGAACGAAUCGAGAAACCGCUGACUCCAGUGCAAAUGUCAUUCAAGGAUCCACUCAACUACCUGCUCAAGAUGUAAUAAACUCUUGUGGCAUAACUGGAUCAACUCCAGUUCUCUCAAGUUUACUUGCUAAUGAAAAAUCUGAUAAUUCAGACAUUAGGCCAUUGGGGUCUCCACCACCAACUCUGCCGGCCUCACCAUCUAAUCAUGUGUCAAGUUUGCCUCCUUUAAUAGCACCGCCUGGCCAUGUUUUGGAUAAUACCGUGAAUUCUAAUGUAACAGUAGUCUCUAGGGUAAACCAUGUUUUUUCUCAGGGUGUGCAGGUAAAUCCAGGAUUCAUUCCAGGUCAGUCAACAGUUAACCACAAUUUGGGGACAGGAAAACCUACAACUCAAACUGGGUCUCUCACAAGUCAGUCUGGUACCAGUAGCGUGUCUGGACCCCAACAACUAAUGAUUCCUCAAACAUUAGCACAGCAGAAUAGAGAGAGGCCCCUUCUUCUAGAAGAACAGCCGCUGCUUCUACAGGAUCUUUUGGAUCAAGAAAGGCAAGAACAGCAGCAGCAAAGACAGAUGCAAGCCAUGAUUCGUCAGCGAUCAGAACCAUUCUUCCCUAAUAUUGAUUUUGAUGCAAUUACAGAUCCGAUAAUGAAAGCCAAAAUGGUGGCUCUUAAAGGCAUAAAUAAAGUGAUGGCACAAAACAAUCUGGGCAUGCCACCAAUGGUGAUGAGCAGGUUCCCUUUUAUGGGCCAGACGGUAACUGGAACUCAGAAUAGUGAAGGACAGAACCUUGGACCACAAGCCAUUUCUCAGGAUGGCAGUAUAACACAUCAGAUUUCUAGGCCUAAUCCUCCAAAUUUUGGUCCAGGCUUUGUCAAUGAUUCACAGCGUAAGCAGUAUGAAGAGUGGCUCCAGGAGACCCAACAGCUGCUUCAAAUGCAGCAGAAGUAUCUUGAAGAACAAAUUGGUGCUCAUAGAAAAUCUAAGAAGGCCCUUUCAGCUAAACAGCGUACCGCCAAGAAAGCUGGGCGUGAAUUUCCAGAGGAAGAUGCAGAACAACUCAAGCAUGUUACUGAACAGCAAAGCAUGGUUCAGAAACAGCUAGAACAGAUUCGUAAACAACAGAAAGAACACGCUGAAUUGAUUGAAGAUUAUCGGAUCAAACAGCAGCAACAGCAGCAGCAAUGUGCGAUGGCCCCACCUACCAUGAUGCCCAGUGUCCAGCCCCAGCCACCCCUAAUUCCAGGUGCCACUCCACCCACCAUGAGCCAACCCUCCUUUCCCAUGGUGCCACAGCAGCUUCAGCACCAGCACCAGCAGCACACAACAGUUAUUUCUGGCCAUACUAGCCCUGUUAGAAUGCCUAAUUUACCUGGGUGGCAGCCCAACAGUGCUCCUGCCCACCUGCCCCUCAAUCCUCCUAGAAUUCAACCCCCAGUUGCCCAGUUACCAAUAAAAACUUGUACACCAGCCCCAGGGACAGUCUCAAAUGCAAAUCCACAGAGUGGACCACCACCUCGGGUAGAAUUUGAUGACAACAAUCCCUUUAGUGAAAGUUUUCAAGAACGGGAACGUAAGGAACGUUUACGAGAACAGCAAGAGAGACAACGGAUCCAACUCAUGCAAGAGGUAGAUAGACAAAGAGCUUUGCAGCAGAGGAUGGAAAUGGAGCAGCAUGGCAUGGUGGGCUCUGAGAUAAGUAGUAGUAGGACAUCUGUGUCCCAGAUUCCCUUCUACAGUUCUGACUUACCUUGCGAUUUUAUGCAACCUCCAAGACCCCUUCAGCAGUCUCCACAACACCAACAGCAAAUGGGACAGGUUUUACAGCAACAGAAUAUACAACAAGGAUCGAUUAAUUCACCCUCCACCCAAACUUUCAUGCAGACUAAUGAGCGAAGGCAGGUAGGACCUCCUUCAUUUGUUCCUGAUUCACCAUCAAUCCCUGUUGGAAGCCCAAAUUUUUCUUCUGUUAAGCAGGGACAUGGAAGUCUUUCUGGGACCAGCUUCCAACAGUCUCCAGUGAGGCCUUCUUUUACACCUGCUUUACCAGCAACACCUCCAGUAGCUAAUAGCAGUCUCCCAUGUGGCCAAGAUUCUACUAUAACCCAUGGACACAGUUAUCCGGCAUCAACCCAAUCGCUCAUUCAGUUGUAUUCUGAUAUAAUCCCAGAGGAAAAAGGGAAAAAGAAAAGAACAAGAAAAAAGAAAAGAGAUGAUGAUGCAGAAUCCACCAAGGCUCCAUCAACUCCCCAUUCAGAUAUAACUGCUCCACCGACUCCAAGCAUCUCAGAAACUACCUCUACUCCUGCAGUGAGCAUACCCAGUGAGCUUCCUCAACAGGCCGACCAAGAGUCGGUGGAACCAGUCGGCCCAUCCACUCCCAGUAUGGCAGCAGGCCAGCUAUGUACAGAAGUAGAGAACAAACUGCCCAAUAGUGAUUUCUCACAAGCAACUCCAAAUCAACAGACUUAUGCAAAUUCAGAAGUAGAUAAGCUCUCCAUGGAAACCCCUGCCAAAACAGAAGAGAUAAAACUGGAAAAGCCUGAGACAGAGUCAUGCCCGGGCCAAGAGGAGCCUAAAUUGGAGGAACAGAGUGGCAGUAAGGUAGAAGGAAAUGCUGUAGCCUGUCCUGUCUCCUCAGCACAGAGUCCUCCCCAUUCUGUUGGGGCCCCUGCUGCCAAAGGAGACUCAGGGAAUGAACUUCUGAAACACUUACUGAAAAAUAAAAAGUCAUCUUCUCUUUUAAAUCAAAAACCUGAGGGCAAUAUUUGUUCAGAAGAUGACUGUACGAAGGAUAAUAAACUAGUUGAGAAGCAGAACCCAGCUGAAGGACUGCAAACUUUGGGGGCUCAAAUGCAAGGUGGUUUUGGAUGUGGCAACCAGUUGCCAAAAACAGAUGGAGGAAGUGAAACCAAGAAACAGCGAAGCAAACGGACUCAGAGGACGGGUGAGAAAGCAGCACCUCGCUCAAAGAAAAGGAAAAAGGACGAAGAGGAGAAACAAGCUAUGUACUCUAGCACCGAUACGUUUACCCACUUGAAACAGCAGCUCUCUCUGCUCCCUCUAAUGGAACCAAUCAUUGGAGUGAACUUUGCGCACUUUCUUCCUUAUGGCAGUGGCCAAUUUAAUAGUGGGAAUCGACUUCUAGGAACUUUUGGCAGUGCUACCCUGGAAGGGGUUUCGGACUACUAUUCUCAGUUGAUCUACAAGCAGAAUAAUUUAAGUAAUCCUCCAACACCCCCUGCCUCUCUUCCUCCUACACCACCUCCUAUGGCUUGUCAGAAGAUGGCCAAUGGUUUUGCAACAACUGAAGAACUUGCUGGAAAAGCCGGAGUGUUAGUGAGCCACGAAGUUACCAAAACUCUAGGACCUAAACCAUUUCAGCUGCCCUUCAGACCCCAGGAUGACUUGUUGGCCCGAGCGCUUGCUCAGGGCCCCAAGACAGUUGAUGUGCCAGCCUCCCUCCCAACACCACCUCACAACAAUCAGGAAGAAUUAAGGAUACAGGAUCACUGUGGUGAUCGAGACACUCCUGACAGUUUUGUUCCCUCGUCCUCUCCUGAGAGUGUGGUUGGGGUAGAAGUGAGCAGGUACCCAGAUCUGUCAUUGGUCAAGGAGGAGCCUCCAGAACCGGUGCCAUCCCCCAUCAUUCCAAUUCUUCCUAGCACUGCUGGGAAAAGUUCCGAAUCAAGAAGGAAUGACAUCAAAACUGAGCCAGGCACUUUAUAUUUUGCAUCACCUUUUGGUUCUUCCCCAAAUGGUCCCAGAUCGGGUCUUAUAUCUGUAGCAAUUACUCUGCAUCCUACAGCUGCUGAGAACAUUAGUAGUGUUGUGGCUGCGUUUUCCGACCUUCUUCACGUCCGAAUCCCUAACAGCUAUGAGGUUAGCAAUGCUCCAGAUGUCCCAUCCAUGGGUUUGGUCAGUAGCCACAGAAUCAACCCGGGUUUGGAGUAUCGACAGCAUUUACUUCUCCGUGGGCCUCCACCAGGAUCUGCAAACCCUCCCAGAUUAGUGAGCUCUUACCGGCUGAAGCAGCCUAAUGUACCAUUUCCUCCAACAAGCAAUGGUCUUUCUGGAUAUAAGGAUUCUAGUCAUGGUAUUGCAGAAAGCACAGCACUCAGACCACAGUGGUGUUGUCAUUGUAAAGUGGUUAUUCUUGGAAGUGGUGUGCGGAAAUCUUUCAAAGAUCUGACCCUUUUGAACAAGGAUUCCCGAGAAAGCACCAAGAGGGUAGAGAAGGAUAUUGUUUUUUGUAGUAAUAACUGCUUUAUUCUUUAUUCAUCAACUGCACAAGCAAAAAACUCAGAAAACAAGGAAUCCAUUCCUUCAUUGCCACAAUCACCUAUGAGAGAAACGCCUUCCAAAGCAUUUCAUCAGUACAGCAACAACAUCUCCACUUUGGAUGUGCACUGUCUCCCCCAGCUCCAGGACAAAGCUUCUCCCCCUGCCUCACCGCCUAUCGCCUUCCCUCCUGCUUUUGAAGCAGCCAAAGUAGAGGCCAAGCCAGAUGAGCUGAAGGUAACAGUCAAGCUGAAGCCUCGGCUAAGAACUGUCCAUGGUGGGUUUGAAGACUGUAGGCCGCUGAAUAAAAAAUGGAGAGGAAUGAAAUGGAAGAAGUGGAGCAUUCAUAUUGUAAUCCCUAAGGGGACAUUUAAACCACCUUGUGAGGAUGAAAUAGAUGAAUUUCUAAAGAAAUUGGGCACUUCCCUUAAACCUGAUCCUGUGCCCAAAGACUAUCGGAAAUGUUGCUUUUGUCAUGAAGAAGGUGAUGGAUUGACAGAUGGACCAGCAAGGCUACUCAACCUUGACUUGGAUCUGUGGGUCCACUUGAACUGCGCUCUGUGGUCCACGGAGGUCUAUGAGACUCAGGCUGGUGCCUUAAUAAAUGUGGAGCUAGCUCUGAGGAGAGGCCUACAAAUGAAAUGCGUCUUCUGUCACAAGACAGGUGCCACUAGUGGAUGCCACAGAUUUCGAUGCACCAACAUUUAUCACUUUACUUGCGCCAUUAAAGCACAAUGCAUGUUUUUUAAGGACAAAACUAUGCUUUGCCCCAUGCACAAACCAAAGGGAAUUCAUGAGCAAGAAUUAAGUUACUUUGCAGUCUUCAGGAGGGUCUAUGUUCAGCGUGAUGAGGUGCGACAGAUUGCUAGCAUCGUGCAACGAGGAGAACGGGACCAUACCUUUCGCGUGGGUAGCCUCAUCUUCCACACAAUCGGUCAGCUGCUUCCACAGCAGAUGCAAGCAUUCCAUUCUCCUAAAGCACUCUUCCCUGUGGGCUAUGAAGCCAGCCGGCUGUACUGGAGCACGCGUUAUGCCAACAGGCGCUGCCGCUACCUGUGCUCCAUUGAGGAGAAGGACGGGCGCCCAGUGUUUGUCAUCAGGAUUGUGGAACAAGGCCAUGAAGACCUGGUUCUAAGUGACAUCUCACCUAAAGGUGUCUGGGAUAAGAUACUGGAGCCUGUGGCAUGUGUGAGAAAAAAAUCUGAAAUGCUCCAGCUUUUCCCAGCAUAUUUAAAAGGAGAGGAUCUGUUUGGCCUGACCGUCUCUGCAGUGGCACGCAUAGCGGAAUCACUACCUGGGGUUGAGGCAUGUGAAAACUAUACCUUCCGAUACGGCCGAAAUCCUCUCAUGGAACUUCCUCUUGCCGUUAACCCCACAGGUUGUGCCCGUUCUGAACCUAAAAUGAGUGCCCAUGUCAAGAGGUUUGUGUUAAGGCCUCACACCUUAAACAGCACCAGCACCUCAAAGUCAUUUCAGAGCACAGUCACUGGAGAACUGAACGCACCUUAUAGUAAACAGUUUGUUCACUCCAAGUCCUCGCAGUACCGGAAGAUGAAGACUGAAUGGAAAUCCAACGUGUAUCUGGCACGGUCUCGGAUUCAGGGGCUGGGCCUGUAUGCUGCUAGAGACAUUGAGAAGCACACCAUGGUCAUUGAGUAUAUCGGGACUAUCAUUCGAAAUGAAGUAGCAAACAGAAAAGAGAAACUUUAUGAGUCUCAGAACCGUGGUGUGUACAUGUUCCGCAUGGAUAACGACCACGUGAUUGACGCGACACUCACAGGAGGGCCUGCAAGGUAUAUCAACCAUUCAUGUGCACCUAAUUGUGUGGCUGAAGUGGUGACUUUUGAGAGAGGACACAAAAUUAUCAUCAGCUCCAAUCGGAGAAUCCAGAAAGGAGAAGAGCUCUGCUAUGACUAUAAGUUUGACUUUGAAGAUGACCAGCACAAGAUUCCGUGUCACUGUGGAGCUGUUAACUGCCGGAAGUGGAUGAACUGAAAUGCAUUCCUUGCUAUCUCAGCGGGCGGCUUGUCCCUAGGAAGAGGCGAUUCAACACACCAUUGGAAUUUUGCAGACAGAAAGAUAUUUUUGUUUUCUGUUUUAUGACUUUUUGAAAAAGCUUCUGGGAGUUCUGAUUUCCUCAGUCCUUUAGGUUAGAGCAGCGCCAGGAGGAAGCUGGCAGAGGCAGCGCUCCUGAAGUGGCCGAGGUGAAACAGAAUUACAGAACAGUCCAGCACUUUGCUUUCUUUUCUUUUCCUUUUCUUUCUUUUUUUGUUUGUUUUUUUUCCCUUGUGGGUGGGUUUCGUAGUUUUGGUUUUUUAGUCUCACUAAGGAGAAACUUUUACUGGGGCAAAGAGCCGAUGGCUGCCCUGCCCCGGGCGGGGGCCUUCCUAUGAAUGUAAGACUGAAAUCACCAGCGAAGGGGACAGAGAGUGCUGGCCACGGCCUUAUUAAAAAGGGGCAGGCCCUCUAACUUCAAAAUGUUUUUAAAUAAAGUAGACACCACUGAACAAGGAAUGUACUGAAAUGACUUCCUUAGGGAUAGAGCUAAGGGAUAAUAACUUGCACUAAAUACAUUUAAAUACUUGAUUCCAUGAGUCAGUUUAUUGUAGUUUUUGAUUUCUGUAAAAUAAGAGAAACUUUUGUAUUUAUUAUUGAAUAAGUGAAUGAAGCUAUUUUUAAAUAAAGUUAGAAGAAAGCCAAGCUGCUGCUGUUCCCUGCAGAACUAACAAACCUGUUACUUUGUACAGAUAUGUAAAUAUUUUGAGAAAAAAUACAGUAUAAACAUAGUUAUUGACCAAAUGCUACCAGGCUCUGCAGCGGCUCGGGUGCUUAUAAAAUGUUCAUAGGGAUGUUACAAUAUAAUUUUGUGUUAUAAAAUAUGCCAUUAUAAUUAUGUAAUAACCAAAAUUUCAACCUAGAGUGUUUGGGGUUUUUUGGAAACUGCAGUCUAUUAGUACUUAAUGGUUUUAUACACCUUCCUUCUGACGAGCAGGGCGUAUGCUACAACUUUUAUAGCUGUUUUGGUAAUUUAAACUAAUUUUUUCAUAUUAUAUUGUUGCAUCCCUACUUCUUCAGUCAGGUUUUUUUGUGCUUACAAUUUGUGAUAACUGUGAAUAACUGCUUAAAAAUACACCCAAAUGGAGGCUGAAUUUUUUCUUCAGCAAAAGUAGUUUUGAUUAGAACUUUGUUUCAGGCCAUAGAGAAUCAUGUAAACAUAAUAGGAUCAUGUAGCAGAAACUUAAAUCUAACCCUCUAGCCUUCUAUUUAACACAAAAAUUUGAAAAAGUAAAAAAAAAAAAAAAAAAGGAGAUGUGACUAUGCUUACAGCUGCAGGACUCUGGCAAUAGGGUUUUUGGAAGAUGUAAUUUUAAAAUGUGUUUGUAUGAACUGUUUGUUUACAUUUCUUUAAUAAAAAAAACACUGUUUUGUGUUUGCUUGUAGAAACUUAAUCAGCAUUUUGAACCAGGUUAGCUUUUUAUUUUGUACUUAAAAUUCUGGUACUGACACUUCACAGGCUAAGUAUAAAAUGAAGUUUUGUGUGCACAAUUCAAGUGGACUGUAAACUGUUGGUAUAUUCAGUGAUGCAGUUCUGAACUUGUAUAUGGCAUGAUGUAUUUUUAUCUUACAGAAUAAAUCAAUUGUAUAUAUUUUUCUCUUGAUAAAUAGCUGUAUGAAAUUUGUUUCCUGAAUAUUUUUCUUCUCUUGUACAAUAUCCUGACAUCCUACCAGUAUUUGUCCUACCGGGUUUUUGUUGUUUUCUGUUCUGUAUAAUAGUAUCUAAUGUUGGCAAAAAUUGAAUUUUUUGAAGUAUACAGAGUGUUAUGGGUUUUGGAAUUUGUGGACACAGAUUUAGAAGAUCACCAUUUACAAAUAAAAUAUUUUACGUCUA